UAGUACCAUAUCAUUUCAUGACUGCUUGUCUAUUGAUUGCUAAUUUAUUAUGAUUCGGAACGUUUUUUAAUCGUUUUGUAUGUAAUUUAUUAGCAUAACGAAACGUAAAGGUCAAUGAACUGACAUCUAACUGUCAUGGCCGUAAUCAGCUGAUCAUUAAAUUAGGUUUUCGUUUCCGUAAAAUAUUUGCUGAAAUACUAACUACUAACAGCACAGUAAUGGAAGACUACUUAGAAGAAGACGAAAUCAAAAUAGAAUAUUAUGACGAUUUCGAAACGGAUCCUUUGUGUGAGAAAUCAGGAAAAAACUCGAUCAGGAGUAGCGACGCAGUGAAUGACAUUGUUUCAUCAAGUACUGUACAGUGCGAGAGGCCCUUAAUCAAUGACGUACAAUAUGACUCCAUUGAUAAUUCGUCACCAGAAAUGACCAUUUGUGAACUUGAACAAGAUGUUGAAAUUGAUAUGAAUGCUGAACCAACAAACCAUGUCAAUUGGUAUAGAGCUAUUGAUGAGACUGGCAAAUUUGUGUGCCGCUUCUGUGACCUGACUUACUCCACCGUUCAAACGAUUCGCCACCAUGUCAAAACAAAACAUCCUAAUGAAGCAAAUGCUUUAAGAAACACAAUUAAAAACAACAAAAGAAACCCUAAAAUUAAAUGCCAUAUCUGUAACAAAAGAUUCAAAGCUGUCAACAAUCUAAAAGAGCAUAUUAAACAGCAUCACUCUGGAAACAUACAAAAAUCCUGUCAAGUAUGCUUCGCAGCUUUUAAUAAUGAUCAAGAAAUGACGGUACAUCUGUAUCAAAAGCAUCAGAAACUAACCAACACCAAAAUAUAUUCUUGUACUCUGUGUGGAUAUCAAACUCGAAAACUAUCACAUUUCAAGCAGCAUAGAAAUACACAUUUACCAAAUAAACAAAUGAAAUGUGACUUUUGUGAUUAUGCAACUAAUUAUUUGCCAAAUUUGAAGAUACAUCAGAGAAUUCAUACAAAUUUUAAGCCAUAUUUAUGCACAUUUUAUAACUGUGGUUAUCGCUGUAGUGCUAAGUCAGCAUUGAGGAGCCAUCAACUAAAGCACAAUCCUGAAGAAAAUAUGCUUUACUGUGACAAAUGCACUUAUAAAACAGUAUAUAAGAGCUCUUUAAAAAAGCAUAUUGAAAGCCAUAAGAGGAACAGUUUAAAAUGUAUGUAGAAACUUGUAUCUACAUAAAAUUACAUCAUGGCUAACAAAGUAUUUCUGUUAUAUCUGCAAAACAUCACUUCGUUUGACACCUUCAUUUUAGGAGGUCUGAAAGGCAAACUAUUAUAACAGAUGCGUUUUUAUAAGGUUCCUAAACAGAUAAAAAAAGUAGACAUUGGCUCAAAAAAUUAAGACUGAAU